ACGAGUGACUUCGUUCUUUACACUGCCCCCAACCUGAGCAACGCCGCCCGCAGCUGAAAAAUGGAAGAAGAGCUCCCAGCUCUUAAAAACGUCGUCGUUAAAGACACCGAUGAGGAUGACCCACCGGCUCUUAGCUCUCAGGCGAUAGCAGCUCUCAAAGAGUUCCUCGAAGAACAAAGUCAAUCCCUUGCUAACCACGAAACUGAAGAAACCAAACCAGAGAGUGAAGUGGCUUUGGUAACAGAAGAUUGGAGGCUCAGCCAAUUCUGGUACGACCCACACACAGCCCGUACCAUUUCUCAAGAAGUCGUUUCUCUUUGCACCGCCUCACAUUAUAGAGUAGCUUGUAUUGCUUGCCCUACUCUCUAUGCCUAUCUUAAGAAACUUGAUCCUACUAUCUCUGUGCGACUUUUGGAGUAUGAUAAGCGUUUUGAUCAAUAUGGAAGUGAUUUUACGUUUUAUGAUUACAACCAACCCGAAGACUUCCUGUCGGAGCUAAAGCAUAAUUACCAGGUUGUAAUUGCCGAUCCUCCUUAUCUGAGCAAGGAGUGUUUAGAGAAAGUUGCUCAAACAAUUUCUUUUCUUGCGCACCCAGAAGAAUCCUUCUUGCUUUUGCUUACAGGAGAAGUGCAGACAGAUAGAGCUGUAGAGCUUUUGGGUUUGCGUCCAUGCAAUUUUCGGCCACAGCACUCUAGCAAACUUGGAAACGAGUUUCGGCUGUUCACAAACUAUGACCCUCUGGAGCGAUUAGGAGGAUGGGUGCAAGACAAAUAGAUUGAUGUUGAGCUCAUUGUUGGUGCAAAGAAGCAGAAUAUGCUUAUUUAUCAGGGUUGUCUUUCAAUCAAGGACCAAUACCAUGUUUGGCAGCUCUCCAGUUUGUAGUGAUAAAUUAUUUAUGGGGUUUAACUUUUAAUGUACACUUUA